ACCAUUGCUUUCUCUCUUUCUUAUUUCAUAAAUCUUUUGAACCGGACAAAGAAAAAAAAGCUAAAGAGAGACAGAGAGAAAAUAAUGAGAGGACUCCCGAUCAUUGUGAUUCUCACCGUCUUCUGCCUAUUCUCCGCCGCUUACUCCCAGUCCGUCGGUUUCGCCGCCGAUUUCAUGCCGUUCAAGACAGAGUACACUGGUUCCAUCGCGGAGUGCUCGAUGGCGACGGCGGAGUUCGAGAUGGACUCCGAGAUAAACAGGUGUAUCUUGGCAACGACGAGGUACAUAAGCUACGAUGCGCUGAGGAGAAACACAGUUCCAUGCUCACGGCGCGGCACAUCUUACUACAACUGCCGACGUGGAGCUCAGGCCAACCCUUACUCUCGUGGCUGUAGCGCUAUCACUCGUUGCAGGUGGUUACUUAUGUUUAUAAUUCCAUUGCAAUACAAUUUCAAACAGUCAAAAAAAAAAAAAAUCCAGUCAGUCAGUUUUAUCAAUCAUCAAUAAUGAUUACAUCUGACCGGUGUUCGAAGACGCUGAUUGGAGCAGGUGAGGAGCGUGAUGGGGUGUACUAUUUUACGGAUGUCAGAGCUGCGCGAGUUAACAAGACUGUGAAGAUGGAAGAUUCAGUGUUGUGGCAUCGUCG